GCCCCCUCCGCGGCGCGGGCCGCCCUGCUCUGGGCGCCGAGCCGGGGCCCGGGAAUGUCCCGGGCCCAGCAAGCUGAGACGCGCGCUCCGCUCCUCCCGGCUCCGCUGGUGUCUGCACGGCCCGAGGCUCUCCGCGUUCCGAAAUGGCCGAGCAGUCGGACCAGACUGUCAAGUACUACACCCUGGAAGAGAUCCAGAAGCACAACCACAGCAAGAGCACCUGGUUGAUUCUGCACCACAAGGUGUACGAUUUGACCAAGUUCUUGGAGGAGCAUCCUGGUGGGGAAGAAGUGUUAAGGGAACAAGCUGGAGGGGAUGCUACUGAGAGUUUUGAGGACGUGGGACACUCUACAGACGCUAGAGAACUGUCCCAAACAUACAUCAUUGGGGAGCUCCAUCCGGAUGACAGAGCAAAGUUAGCCAAGCCUUCGGAAACUCUCAUUACUACUGUUGAUUCUAAUUCCAGCUGGUGGACCAACUGGGUGAUCCCAGCCAUCUCGGCGCUUGUGGUGGCUCUGAUGUAUCACCUCUAUACCGCGGAAGAUUAAACACAUUCUCAGAAGCCAAGGAAAGAGGAGACUGCUUUGGACCAGGGAGAAAGAAGCCAAUGUUAACUGCUUCAACUGACAGAAACCUUCACAUGAAAAAUAAUUUUAACAUACCUGUUUCCCUUUUCUCCUACUUCGAACCAAACCAAAAAGAGCUCUUCUGUUCUUUCUACUCCUGAACUCUUAGAAUGUGCCUUUUGUUCAUCAACUUUUUUUGAUGUUUCAUCACUACAUAAUUUACUUAUUGUAAGCAUGAUCUUUUAAAAAUAUAUCUGGCUUUUAAAAUAUACCACCAUGUUUGCCUGUCUAUUUGGUAUAUAACUGUACCAACAUUUAGAAUCUCAUUAUUUAGCAGACUCAUUUAAUGUGCUAAUUGUUCAGACUCAAGUAGUCUCUAAUGAAGUGAGAUGGACAGUGUCCUUAGAUCUCUCCUUGGGGGGCUUUCUGUCUCCCUCAAGCCAGUACUGCCUGCUCCAGCUUAGUUUGCUUUCCCAGGGAAUUAAGAAAAGCUCAGAAAUGAAGAUUUCUAAUUGUUCUACUUGAAAUAGAUGAUAAAAUGAGAAGGUGACGUGUAGGACCUAUGAAAAAGACUCUCAUCUCUUUGAUUAAAAACUACAGUCAACGUAACAGGAAACCUGUGAACCACGAGAGGACAUAUUAACUGUUCCCUCUCACAGACUAAAAAUUUACUGAAGAGAUUCUCAGUCAUAUAGGUUCUAAAGUUUAAAAAAAAAUCCUCAUUCAGAGGCAAAAACUUUAUAUACUCAUUAAGGAAAUGUUGAUUUCCUACUUCAAAAAGGCAAAAUUUGCAAGAGAAUAUGGGACAUUUGGAAUCCAGUUUUUGAAGAAAUGUAGCUGGUGGCGGUGAGCCCAGAGGAAGUCUGGUACGGCUCCAUUCAUUUUCUCAUUCGAGUUCCAGGAGACUAAUUCUGUCAUCUUUAUUCUCUUACUCAUGCCUUUUUCCCCUUUAAAUGUGGAAGCUUAAGGGAUGAAUUAGAUUCUAAGUACUUUGUAGUUAUGUAUGACUGUGCAAGUUUCUGUUGGCAUGCUAACCAACUGAUAAGCACUGGAGUUCUUCAGAAGUAACUGAAACACCUUAGAAAGGAAUUUUUUAAUUACAGAGUAUUGUUUAAAAAGAGGCAACAGGCCCCAAAUUGAGUCACUUGUACUAAACCCAUGUCACCACACCAAGACUUGAUACCUAAACUGUUGGGCAGUUUCAGCCUCUCUCAGGAGUGGCAUCUUAGGCCAGCCAUCUAGAAUUAAUCUGGUCAGCACUAGCAAGAUAAUCCCCGGUGGACACCCACCCCCACGCGCCAACCCCUCAAACUCAGGUGACUUUGCUUGAAAUGGUCAGCUCUGCUCAGUCUCUCUCUGCCCGUGAACGUCUUCCAUUUGGUACAGCUCUUGGAGGUUCUUUUAUUUGCCAGACAGGAUAUUGCCUGGUUGAUGAAUUAUUGAAUAAAACUAAUAAGAUCUUUACAUUUUAUUCAGAUGAAUUUUGGAUUUUAACAGAUUGGGUGGCAGUGAUGGGAUCCGAAGGGCACUUCUGACAGCUUCGGGGGCCAUGAGAAACACAGGCAUGGCACCCACAAACUGCAUUCUCUUUCUUGUUGUUCCCAGGGGCCGUGGGUAAGUUCCUCUCCGUUCUGAGCUCUACUUUCUUUGUGUCAAGCUCCUGACCUAACUGGCUUCCCAAGCUCACAUUAGAUGACUGUCACUGACUUCACGUUGAAAACUGCUGGCAGUCCAGUCCAAAGUCCCAUCGGAUCAGGAUCCUUAGCCCUUGGUUAAGUCUCUGAUUCCAUGUUGCUGGUGGUUCACGUAAGCUGGCCUGGAUCCAGUGUGUUUUGUGUAGUUAAAGGCUAUUGCUAAUGGGAAUCUUGGACGCCCAAAGCUGCAUGAUUGGUGGGCAUGGGCUGAGUGUCUAAUAGCUGUUGGAAAGCUUGCCACCCAACUUCACCCAGAAGUUGGUCACGGAACAGAUUAGAUUGACACUAGGUUACCCGCCAACCUCAGGAAGGUCUCCACGUGGUGAGAUACACUAGAGAACACCACACAGUCCCCACCCCAACAACACAUCCCUUUGGAUAUUACUUGAGCCCCAGAAAACCCAAAGCCUUAGUUCCAAGAGUUGAGCACACCACCUUUUUGGCGCAACUUCUUAUUUGUUGUCUAAGAACUGUGGUCCAGAAGCUGUAGAUAUUUACAACAAUGACAGAGUUUUACUGAAUACAACCUAGAAUUACGAUGGCCAUUCUGAGGAAUGUUCCCAUUGGGCAAGAUUUUGAAGGUCAGGCCUCCCAAACCAAACAGAAUGGGUUCCCCCAGGCUGCAGGAGAUCCUCCUCAGAUAUCUUAAACUCCUUGGUCAAAGACUGAACUACGGAGCCAUAGUCAAUUCCCUCAGAACAGGGAGGAUUCCCAAAAGUUUCCUGAAGAAUUCAGUCACUAGCAGGUCCAGGGACCCAGGCUUCCAGAGCUCUGUGGGCUUAUGCGUGUGCUGGUUAGCCCCGAGGAAGCCCCAAAACGAAUGCCUGAAGCAGAUUGGUAUAAACCUGAAGACAUUUAGGGUUCUCUCUCUUAAUUACAGUUCCCUCAGGGCCCAGAAAAUGCUUGCAAGAAUGGUGAUUGACCUUUGAAAAGCCAUUGUCGGAUGAAGUUUUCCCUGACUGCCCCAUUUGGUUUAUUCAAAUAAGCAAACAAGAUGAACCUUGGCCAACUUUCCAGCCCGUCUGGAAGCUCUCUUCCUGUGGGACCCCGGUUGCAUAUAAUAAGCGAGGUCACUCAACCUUGCUCUUGCUGCCCUGUUUGUAAAUGGACCAAUUCCUGAGACCAGUAGACUAGUUAAAAAAAGCAAACCAGGAUGGAACUGAGUUCCCAUCGCUCUGAUAGAACUCAUGACUGCAGCUGAGUACUUUGAAAGGAACUGAGGAACCAGACUACAAACAAAGUUUGCCAGCUGGUGUGGCCUUAUGGAUGCCUCCGUAUCUACUCAAAGGAGAACUCCCAUCUGGGCCCCUCCCAGAGUUGAUGGGACUUCAAGGGUUUUUUGGUAAAUGACUGUUAUUACCUUAAAUAGCCCAGGGAAACUGAAAAUGAAUGGGAAACCUUGCCAGGUUCUGGUGGACACUGAAGCUGCACUAAGUCCCCUUGGAGCCUGCGGGUGAGGUCUUGGGGAAGCUGGCAGAGGCAGGCUAAGGGUGAGGUCCUUACCAGAGCCAGCUCUCCUGGAUCUCUGUCUGCCGUGCCCAGUCAAGAGGCGAAAAUAAAAUUUCUUGAGUUGUCUCUUCUUUUCCAAAACCCAUUGGUUAUCAACUCACUCUCCCCACAGGGAUAGGUCUUGCCCUUUCGCUGGUCUCAUUUUGUGUCCUAAGAACUUGGCUUGGCUUUCUGCAUGCCUUGGACGUGGCAGUUGUCACUUCUUUGUUUUGGCUGUCUUUGGAAGUUACUCCCUGGAGUAACUCCAGUAAUCCAGGGAGUUACUCCCUAGAUUUUGGGAAGGUAGUCAUCUUUGUAUCUCUUUGGGGGGGGGGACCCCCUCUUACAUCCAAGAGGGGAUGUUCACUCCUGCCAAAAAUAUUUGUUGUUUGUCCCAGCUAAAAACUAACAAAAUAUUUAAAAGAUUUUUGUAAAGUAGCUCUGUGAUCAAAAGAUGGCCAGAUCAGAAGCUGAUAUUCAGUGCCUAAUCGUCAUUUUAUUGUAGGCCUUCUCCCCUAAGCUAAAACCAAACUGUGCAUCCAGAAGGAAAGAAAAACCUUCUGAAGGCUUUGUAAAAAGGAUUUACUUAAAACUUCCCAAAGACAAGCAGAUCUAAAUACAGAAUAUAGAAAUCUUUGAUUUUCAUCUUAGCUGGAAAUCUCCCUGAAACAUAACAAAUCAAAGAUAAUGUGGUUAGAUGGACACAUCAACCCUUUGCAACUCUGGGAUCAAUUCAAAGUUCACCUAUUGUUGUUCCCAAUCCUAAAAGCACCUCUAUCUCCCAAAUGGCUGGUCAGUAUUGUAAAAACUCUUGUCUUAGGAAACAAAGUUUCUUCUGGGAGGAAAUUCCGUGCUCCCACCCCGCCUUGCUUUUGAGGUGUAAAUGCUCUACCUGGUCUUUUCCCCACACCCUUAGCUAGGCCUUGUCUUUGAAUACACACUUCAGGGAGGUCAUUCUUACCAGAAGAAAAACAAAAGGGGAAAGGGUUGUAUGAAACUUGGGCAGUUGAAAAAUCCUAAGUGUCUUCUCAACACUUUAGUCACUUGAGCAGGUAACAUUUACUUAUUUCUUCUUCCAGACAUACAGUUUGGAUCCAGGUAGUGAGUUCUGCAUUAUUCUACCUGUCUCAUGGCUAAAGUUUUAAAACAAAAGCUAUAAGGUCUCUGUUGACGUCUAUGUGUAUAGGUGUUUAUACAUACAUAUUGUACUUGUGAGGUAUUUUCCACCUCCAUAUGGCUUGCCAGAGUUUGUAAAAGAGCUCUAUCCAGGUGACGUAAAGAAAAUUAGGUGCUGAAAUGAAUUAUAUGUUCAUAAAAUUCUCACAAAUAGCAUAGAGGCCUAAAUGCUUUUCAGGUUCAUGUGAUCUGGGAAAAUACUCAGUAUUAAAGCUGAUUAGAAUUUGUUGGUUUAAUUGAAAUAGACAUGUCUAUAGAAUUAUAACAUUAAAUAGGCACACUUAAUCUUUUAUUCUGCCUGGAUUUAUUAGUUGAAUAAGCUCAUGUUUUGGUUUAUAAAAUUGGUCAUCAGAAAAAGAAACCUGGUAUAAUGGAAUUUUCAUAAGUAAAUUAUUGAGAGAAUGAGUAACUAGUUAUAAGUGGGUCAGAAGUUUUUAGCUUUUUUUUUCUUUUAACUUUUAACUUUUUAAAUAGUUUCCCAAAUGCUUUGUAACCUGAAACCUUGAAGUUUUGUUAAGUUAAAUUAGUCAUGGAAUACCUAGGCCAUUUCUGAAUAAAAUACUGAAACAUU